AUGGAGCAGGACGGGGAGCAACUAUCGGCUCGUCCGGCUCUGGAGUCGGAGGGGCUGCGCUUCCUGCACGUCACCGUGGGCUCCCUGCUGGCCGCCUAUGGCUGGUACCUAGUCUUCGGCUGCAUCGUCCUGUUGGCGGUCGUUCAGAAGCUCUCCGCCCGCCUGAGGGCCUCGGGGCAGAGGCAGCGGGACCCGGCGGCAGCUGCUGUGGCCCCCGAGGACGUUGUGAGACGGCAGGAGGCCGUAGCGGCCGCGCGCCUCAAGAUGCAGGAAGAAUUAGACGCCCAAGUAGAAAGGCACAAGGAGAAACUACGACAGCUUGAGGAGGAGAAACGGAGAAGGAAGAUUGAAAUGUGGGACAGCAUGCAAGAGGGGAAAAGCUACAGAGGCCACGCCGCGAAGCCUCAGGAGGAAGACAGCCCCGGCCCUUCCACCACACCCAGCCUCCCCAAACGGCCAGCGGACAGGAAGAAGCCUCUCCGUGGAAGUGGUUACAACCCUUUGUCCGGAGAAGGAGGGGGAGCCUGCGCCUGGAGACCUGGCCGCAGAGGCCCUUCAUCUGGCGGAUGA